ACAAUCGUCAGACGCAUCUGUCAACAUGACGUCUUGUUUUUCUCACAGCUUGUGCUUCGGCAAAUUUCUUAUCAGCGAGAAUCUGAAACGACUGAUAUAGCAACACCUGGGUCACGGUUGAGAAGCUCGGGACUUGAGACGAGGUAUUUUCGUCUCCAGAAGUUCAUCAUGGUACUUCGAUGUAUCCAUCGAACGCUCCGCUCCACAACUUGCAAGUUGCGACAUCGCAUGGGGUGAGAAGAAGAAAGUGCAACUCUGUUGCGGAGAGGGCGUUGCACCUCGGACUUUUGCCUUCCGCAUCGAUCCUCGUUCUUCGCUAUCACCCUGCUGGAGGAUCGUCGAUUCGUCGAUUAUGGGGUAGAAUAGGGCACUGCGCCUACCGUUGUUUUGCACCCUCAAAAAAGAAGAGCAGGAGACUUGAAACUCUUCUGAACUUCUUUUGUUUCCGCAAUGAAGGCCUUCUUUUUCAGAAGCAUAGAAACGGCGCUUUCUGCUGACGUCAAGCUCAUUCACCCUUCGUUACCCCACCUCUUUCUCACGGCAUCCGCACAGCGAAACGCUUAACUUAGAACAGCAGAAGCUCUUUCAACAGUUGACCAAGGCAUCAAGUUGCAUGAUUGAACCGCCUUCUCUCCGACCGGAUCCCCAAUCUUCCGGCGAACGUUUCGAAUGUCUCUUUCUGCACUUGUAUUGCAUUUCUCAGCACAUGCAACUGGUACGCAUACACGGUGGAGCCGAGCAUGGAACGUAUAAAUUCUGGGCAGGAGCCGGAGUCCGAUACCCAUCCUUUCUGCAUCAAUUUUUCCUAUCUCAUCUCAACCUACCACCCACACUCUUUUCACUGCGAAGCCAUGUUUAUUCCCACCCUCGUUACUCUUGCCCUUUCGCUCUCUGCCUUCGCUGCACCUGUGCCUCAGACCGGUGACCUUCUCACGGGUGCUGUUGGCACUGUUGUCGGUGUUGUUGAUGGUGCUGUUGGCACCGUCGUCAACGUUGCCGACGGCGCGCUGAACACCGUUGACGGUGUUCUUGGUGGAUUGAAAAAGCGCGCUUUGCAGGCCUCCGACGUCGAUGUGGCAGCAGUGGCUGCUGGUGUUGUGGUUGACGCCAACGUUGGUGUGGCUGUCGUACGCCGCACCGAUGUGGAAGCUGUCUUCACCACCCUGAAAUCCGAUGUUAGCUCGGCACUGUCUCAGAUUCCUUUGGCAAACGUGGAGGCUAUUACCGCCCCGGUGGUAGCUGCUGCUCUUAACGAAGUUGGCACAGCCCUCAAUGUUGCUACUUCAGCACUCGGCAACUUGACCGAUGGGGAUCUCGUCGGCGACGUUCCUACUCUUGUUGCUGAUGUUGUCGCUGAGGUUCUCAAUACCUUGAAUGGUGUUCCAGCCAGCAUACUGGCCGAUCCUUUGGUCGCCGGUGUCCUCUCCACCGUAGAUGGCCUUCUUGCCACAGUGCUCGGUCUUGUUUCCGCGGUCUUUUCCACUGUACUUAACCUCUUGAAUGGCCUUGGUGUCCUCGGCCUUGUUCAGUCCCUGGGUCUGUCCUCAGUUCUCGGUCUGGUCAACAGCCUCGGCCUUGGCGGUCUUCUCAGUGGAGUUCUGGGCCUCCUGUAAGAGGGUAAUGAAACAUGCAUGAGAAGAGUUGUAGUCCUGCCGCGAUGGGUUUCCAUACUACAGGACGUUUCUGAGUAAAGUCGCUGUAUCUGUAUCUGAUAUAGCGUAGUAUUUCCCUGCUGGUUGUCUCACCAGCUGUCCACUCAUUUGCUAUCUACUUUCAUUUCUGUUAAUCUCCCGGAGGAGUAAUCAUGGGCACUCCAUUCUCAUAAUGGAUUCAAUCCC